AUGUGUAGCGAUCUCUAUUUGCUGGACUUUUUAUUAAUCUCCUUUAUUAUUAUUGUUAUAAUUAUUAUAAUUAUUAUAAUUAUUUUAUCCCCCGCCUCCGCCUCGCUGCCCCCGGCCCAGUUUCGUUUUCUUUUGAAUGUUAUUGCUUCUCCGGUGCCUCCCGUCCCGCAUCGCUGGCCCUCCGUUUCUCUGGGACUUUUCUUUGUGUGCGUGAGAGUGUGUUUCCUCGCGUGUCUGCCCUUCGCCUCUCCCCCUCCCCCCAUCUCCCCGGCCCCUUCUGUCCGUCUGUCUGUCCUGCCCCCCGACCCUUUCGUUUUCCGGAGACUUGUUGAGAAAUACGACCCCACAGACUGCGAGACUGAACCGCCGCUACAAGCCAAAGAUUUUAUUAUGUUCAGAAACCUGUAG